AUCAGAUGUUUUCUACACAGAGGCCUUUAUAGCACAGACAUCCAGCCAUGGCACCUACAAUCCCUUCAGCUAUGAUCUACUCGAAGAACCACCUGACUCUGACCAACAAGCUAAGAAAGCCAGUGGUGGAGAAGUUACGCAGAGAUCGUAUCAACAGCAGCCUUGAGAAGCUCAAGUCUCUCCUGGGUCCAGAAAUCCUCAAUCAGCAGCCCGACUCCAAGCUGGAGAAAGCAACCAUCCUGGAGAUCACAGUUAGCUUCCUGAAACGACAGCAACAGUAUCAACCAUUGAGCUCAUCCUCCUGCUCAGCACCUAACAAUCAGGGUUACUCCAGGUGUGUCCAAGAGAUUGUGCACUUCCUGUCCAAGGAUGAGGUGAAGACACACUCCCAGAGAAGACUACUGAGCCACUUCCAGAGCCUGCAGCCAUCCUCUGAUAAGAACAGGAGGGAGAGUGACCUGCUUCAGUUGAGCACCCCAGCCCAGCACAGCAUGAGCAAAGAGAAGGGUCCAGUCAACAGGGCCCUAUGGAGGCCCUGGUAGAGCCUUAGAGACUGGAGUUUCAUUCUCAUGCAGGACAUUUCCCAGUCCUUAUUACAGAGGAGUUAAUCCACAUUUUCAGUAUUUGCAGGAGUUUGUGUUAAUUUGUAAUGAAAAUAUGCAUUGAACAAUAUCAGUAUUUGAAUCUUCCUCUCUUGAUUACAAGAGGAUCAAUAGCGUAUUCUGUUUUAUAUUUCAUUUUUAUGAAGUGAAUAUACUGUGUAUUGUUCCCUGUGGGAAAGUUUUAAUCAUUUAUGAAAUAGUGUUCACUGUCUGUCUAGUGGAAAGAUUGUGAGUGAACAAUGUUCAUUCCUAUUUGUACUGUUUUGAUCGAAAUUGAAUAUCUUAAUGGCAUAACAUGCAAACGAUAUCAGACGUCAUUACAUUUAUGUAGACACUGUUACCAGAGCGACUCAAACUAGUGAUUGCAUACAUUUUCUUCUUUAUACUUGUCCCCCAUGGGAAUCGAACCCACAAUACUAGCGUUGCAAGCACCGUGCUAAACCAACUGAGCUACACGGAACAUUAUUGCUUUCCCCUGAAAAUUAUAUCACCAUUUUAGACAGAAUAAUACUUCCUCUCGACAGUGAGAGGAGUUAAAACGUGUAGACCUACUGGUUUGUAUCACUAUGUGAGUGUAUCAGUAUUCCUCGUAUUCUGAGAAGGUAUUGUAAAGAUUGAAAACAUGUUUUCAAAAUGAAUGUAAAUCUUCAA